AUGUGGCAACGCUCCAAGUCUGUUCUUGUGCAAAAUAUCGACGAAGAAGAAAAUCUUAAGCAGUCACGUCGUACUUUCAAUGAAAUGAACUCACUGUAG